AUGACCACGUCGAAUCAAUGUGACAACGCGAGAGCGGUGGUUUGGUCGAUCAUCCUCCUUGUUCUGUCAUUGCUCAGUGUGAUGGUAUGGUUGGUGAAGGGCUCGAACUUCUGGCUGGGAGUGGUGUGUGGAUCACUGUCAGUGGUCAUGUUCUUGCUCUUGUUCAUCGUGGCGUACCGCAAGACCGCAUCGAAUGAGGCAGCUGUCAGCAAGGUCGUGGAGAAGGAGUGUCAUUGCGUUUGGGCAGCUUGCAAGUUCCGAGAACUGGAAGCAUCAGCUUUCACGCGCCCGACAUUUAGCAUCGUUUGCAUCACAAACGACAAGGUUGACAAGAGCCAAGCAUCGUGGAGCCUUGUGUCAACACUCGAUCGCAGGCUAUCAGCGGGCAUCUCUUGUCCGAAUACGUCAAACACGUGCGCAUGCUGCUUGGGUGACUACCACAUGGAUGCAGAUAUAGCUGUUCUUCCAUGCGGGCAUGUCUACCAUCCGGACUGCAUCGCUCGCUGGUGCUUCACGUCGGAUAAGCACAUCUCGUGCCCCAUGUGCCGAGAAUCAUUCGAACAUGUGCCAGAAACAAUCAUGGCGAUCUAG